CUAAUUCAGUUGGCAACGCGAUCACUGACAGCUAAGAACGUAGUAAUUCUGAAUCAAUACAUCGUGUGAAUCAAGAAAACGCUACAAUUAAUACGCAAUUCAUUAAAUAUUUGCUAUAAAAACCCACAUUCAAUGGCUACAAGUAAUGCAAAAGGCCUCAAAGCAUCAGCAUUUGGUGCUAGCUCGUCGGGAGGUGGCAAUAGAACUGGCGGGAAGACAGGCCCGGUUUCGACGGCGUCCCAACCUGACACUGACGCUACUAGCAGUGCCAUUAAUAUACCGUUUAUAAAAACAAAAGACAACAGCAAACAAUUACCAACAUACCACGCAGCGCUACAACGGUCUACUGAUGAUCAUUUAGCCGCUGAAGAUUUGGAUAAUAUACAAUUGGAGCUUGAAACACUGCUGUCUAGUGUGGCGCUACGUUAUCGUGUCUUAAAGUCUGAAUACGAGAGUUUAGACAAAGAUGAGCGACGGAAUGAACGACGCACUAAACAUGGCGCCAGUGGGGAAACACCCACAACUAAUGUGGGUACUUCGUCUAGCGGUAAACGUAAGCGUGAGGAAACGUCAAGCGUACGAAAGCCCAAACAUACACCUGCCUCGUCGUUAAAACACACAAAACAUGCUAAAAACAGUCCGGUUGCACCGAAUACGGAUGACAGCAUGGAUUAUGUGCCACCCUCUGGUUCACAUGGUCAUGGGCAGAAUCGUGAUCAUCAUCUGCAAAAGGUUACAUUGCCUAAAAAUGAUACACCAAACAAAUUUUGGCUUUCCGUCGAACCAUAUUGUAUGCCAUUAACGAACGAGGAUCUACGUUUGCUCGAUGAUCUCUUAGAUCAAUAUUCCGGACCAUUGGUGCCGCCUAUACCAGAGCUAGGUCCACAUUACUCCACCAUUUGGGCAACGGAAGAUAUGAAAGAAGUGCAACAAGCUUCAAAUCCUAAUGCAAAUUCAAAUCGCUUGAAACCACAAAAUACUGCUGCAACCAGUAUGAUUAAGAAGGCUGAAUCCAUGAUGGACGAAUGUGUCACCGGACCCUUGACACAACGUUUAGUGUCUGCGCUACUGGAGGAGCAACUGAUACAAAACCCCAGCGAACUGGCGGCAGCUGCAGUGGCGGAUAGCAGCAAUAGUAGUAGCGAAAAUACGCACUCUUCGGCACAAAUGAAUUUUCGUUCUCUAUCAUUGCUACGUAAUUGUAUCGAUAUUGAGAAACGUGUGAAAAGAGAACUCAUAGAACAAGGUAUACUGGAUUUAAAUGAUUUCCCAAACAAUGACGAAGACGAAAUACAUGUUGAAAUAAAACGUUUAAUUUCGGAACUAUCAGCGAUUGCUGAGUACAAUGGUGCUGCGCUGAAACGACUUCAUGAGUCUGCCGCUGAAGAAAUCAAACGUCUAGAAAUUAAACGAAAACUCGACACAGUCGACCAGGAAAUACUUGAAGCGUACAAACGUACCAUGCAGAGUAAAGCUAAGCGCAAGCCGCUUAGUGCCGAAGAUCAGCAGGAGAUAUAUCGUUUGACUUCGGAACAAAAAACACUUUCUGAUCAACUAGAGCGUAUACAGGCAAAUUGUUUUCUCUACGAAUAGUUUUUGGCCACCACUGGUGGAGGGCAAGCACAAUCAGAUACGCGCGUUAUUAGUGCAGCACCUGAACGCUCAAUACUAGUGGCGCUUCUAAAUGAAAAAUAAUAUUAAUUUUCACAAUACCAUAAGACCUCUAAUUUAUUUUCUUUUUCUCAACUAUAAAAUGCAAAUUCAAACUUACUGCUGGAAAAUGCGAAACCGCACCUCUGCACUAUACCACAAAUAAAAACGUUAUAACCGGAUAAUAUGCUGAAAAACUGAAAAUUUAGAAGAUCGCAUUUUUUUUUAAUUGUAUUUUUGUAUAAAUUCAAAGCAAAAACAAAAUCGGAAGUUGAAGUUUGUUUGGGAAUAACUUUAAGGUUACAGUCACAGUCAUUCAAAUAUGUAUAGUCUUUUAGAUUGUAGUAUUGGAUUUGAGGUUUGCGGCGCACAAACCUUUGCCUUAACUAGUGAGAAUUGAUUUAGGUUGUUGAAACUGUAAAAAAUUCAGAUAUUUCACAGAAGUUGCAUCUGUUAUAGCAAAAUAACAUAAAAUCGAAACGAUUUCAAUGCUGAGACAAUAUUUUUACCUCAACUGUAUUGCCUGUUCCACCUUGUUCAGUCAUUGAAUUGUGAUUUCUUGCGCAAAUAUUUGCAUGAGCGGCUCUUAGCAAAAUGUUAUUCAAUAAAGCAUAAUUAAUAAACGAGUACCUAUACAGUGGGGCCUUCUACAACCGAA